CCUGGAAGAGGAAGGGGUCUGCGGCAAUUAGGGCCCAGGAAUGUCACAGGAUGAGCAAUACAUCUUCAUCUGCCUCUGACUCACCUGGUGCCCCAGGUAAAAGGCACCAGAUAAAAGGUAGGGGAGAAGGAGGAGGAGAGAGAAGUACCCAGGCUGAGCAGCAUGAAGGGGCCCUCAUCCACAAGCAGCCUCCUGCUGCUACUGCUGUUGCUGCUGAGCCCAGACCCUGGAACAGCACUGCCACUGCCAACCAGCAUUACCUGCUGUACUCAGCUCUAUCGCCAGCCACUCUCGAACAAGCUACUGAGGAGGGUCAUCCGGGUGGAAGUACAGGAAGCUGAUGGGGACUGUCACCUCCAGGCCUUCGUGCUUUACCUGUCUCGACGCAGUGUCUGCAUCCACCCUCAGAACCGCAGCCUGGCUCGGUGGUUCGAGCGCCAAGGGAGGAGGCUCCAGGGGACUCUGCCUAACCUGAAUUUGGGGCUGAUAGGGAAAAUGGGCCAGGGCCCCCAGGAGCUGGAACAAUAAAGCAGCACUGGACAACA